GCCACGCACGCAGCCGCCGGCAUGUUGCAGAAUGUGAAUCCCCAGAGCAAGAUCCUGGGGGAGGGCAAUGCCGGGCUCAUGGGCCUGGCGACGGAGUCGACCCCCGGCAAGCGGAUCCGCAAACCCUCGCUCCUCUACGAGGGCUUCGAGAGCCCCACCAUGGCGUCGGUGCCGGCCCUGCAAUCCCCCCAGGUGAACCCACCUCCGCCGGAGGUUUCCAACCCCAAGAAACCGGGUCGGGUCACCAACCAGCUGCAGUAUCUGCACAAAGUGGUGAUGAAGGCUCUCUGGAAACAUCAAUUUGCUUGGCCCUUUCGCCAACCCGUCGACGCCGUCAAGCUGGGCCUGCCGGAUUACCACAAGAUCAUCAAGCAGCCCAUGGAUAUGGGGACAAUCAAGCGACGCUUGGAGAACAACUACUACUGGGGGGCGGCGGAGUGCAUGCAGGACUUCAACACCAUGUUCACCAACUGCUACAUCUACAACAAGCCCACGGAUGACAUAGUGCUGAUGGCCCAAACCCUGGAGAAGAUCUUCCUGCAGAAGGUGGCCCAGAUGCCACCGGAAGAGCAGGAGAUCGUGGUGCCGGUGGCCAAGAACAGCCAUAAGAAGGGAGCGUCCCGGGCAGCGGCGCUCCUGGCGGGACUCACGGCUGCUCAGCAAGUGCCGGCUGUCUCCUCGGUGUCCCACACCGCGGUCUACACCCCGAGCCCCGACAUCCCCACCACCAUAGUCAACAUUCCCCACCCAUCCGUGAUCUCCGCUCCGCUCCUCAAGUCGCUGCACUCCGCCGCCCCGGCCGUCCUGGCUGCGCCCGCUCCCACCCAGCCCGUGGCCAAGAAGAAGGGCGUGAAGCGGAAAGCGGACACCACCACCCCCACCACCACGGCCAUCAUCGCCACCAGCGGGGAGUCCUCGCCCUCCGCCACGCUGCUGGAGGCCAAGGCGGCCAAAAUCCCCGCCCGCCGGGAGAGCGGUCGCCCCAUCAAGCCCCCCAAAAAGGACUUGCCGGAUUCGCAGCAGCACCAGACAUCCAAGAAAGGCAAACUGUCGGAGCAGCUCAAGUACUGCAACGGGAUCCUCAAGGAACUGCUCUCCAAGAAGCACGCGGCCUACGCCUGGCCCUUCUACAAGCCCGUCGACGCCUCGGCCCUGGGGCUGCACGAUUACCACGAGAUCAUCAAGCACCCCAUGGACCUCAGCACCAUCAAGCGGAAGAUGGAGAACCGGGACUACCACGACGCCCAGGAAUUUGCCGCCGACGUCCGGUUAAUGUUCUCCAACUGCUACAAGUACAACCCGCCCGAUCACGACGUGGUGGCCAUGGCCCGCAAGCUGCAGGACGUCUUCGAGUUCAGCUACGCCAAGAUGCCGGACGAGCCGCAGGACGCCAGCCCGCCCUCGGUGUCGGCCCCGCUUACCGGCGCCCUCUCCAAAUCCUCCUCCGAGGAAUCCUCCAGCGACGAGGAUGAGGACGAUGAGGACGACGAAGACGACGACGAGGACGAGAGCAGCAGCGAGAGCUCGUCGGAGAGCGAGGAGAGCUCCGACUCGGAGGAGGAACGCGCCAACCGCCUGGCCGAGCUGCAGGAGCAGCUGCGGGCCGUGCACGAGCAGCUGGCUGCCCUCUCACAGGGCCCCGUUUCCAAACCCAAAAAGAAGCGGGAAAAGAAAAAAAAGAAGAAAUCGGAGAAGCACAAAGCUCGGGGAGGCGACGAGGAGGCCCGGGCGCGCCAGGCCCAGCUCCGUAAAGCCAAGAAAGCCGGCGGGAGCGGCGGCGGCGGCGGGAGCGGCGGCAGCUCCAAGAACUCGAAGAAGGCGGCGAAAGCGGCCUUGCCGCCGCCGCCGGCGCUUUACGAUUCGGAGGAGGAGGAGGAAAGCAAACCCAUGACUUACGACGAGAAACGUCAGCUCAGUUUGGACAUCAACAAGCUGCCGGGGGAAAAACUGGGCCGGGUGGUUCACAUCAUCCAGUCGCGGGAGCCCUCCCUGCGCGACUCCAACCCCGAGGAGAUCGAGAUCGAUUUCGAGACCCUCAAACCCUCCACGCUGCGGGAGCUGGAGCGUUACGUCCUCUCCUGUCUGCGGAAGAAGCCCCGUAAGCCCUACAGCGAAACCCUGAAGAAGCCGGUGGGGAAAACGAAAGAGGAGCUGGCGCUGGAAAAGAAGCGGGAGCUGGAGAAACGGCUGCAGGACGUCAGCGGCCAGCUCAACUCCGCCAAAAAGCCCCCGAAAAAGGCCAGCGAGAAACCGGAAUCGGCUCAGCAAGUGGCCGUAUCCCGCCUCAGCGCCUCCAGUUCCAGUUCGGAUUCCAGUAGUUCCAGUUCCAGUUCCUCUUCCUCGGAUACCAGCGACUCGGAUUCGGGUUAG